CGUGCGUCCGGAGGGAGGGGUGUACGGAACUCGGAAUAGCCGGGCAGCGGGAGGAGCCUUGUAGUGAGAGGAGGGGCUUUCAGUGUUUGUGGUCAAGCGUGGAGGUGAGAGCUGGGCUCCUGGAGCUGCGAGCCGGGUAGAGCGGUCCUCGCCAGGAAUAUACGUGGCCAGAAGAGACCUUACUGUUCUGCUGCAUUUGAGUCAGACCCAUCUGAACCAUAAAAAUUUGCAGUGUGCCUGGCCCUACCCUACCUGGAAAAACUCACAGUUGGAUCCUCUUCUUCUUGCUGUGGAAUAUAGUGUCUAGCCCUGGAUGGCCAUGUGGGAGAUUCUGCAGGGGCUGGACAGGCCAUUCCAAGAACGGCUACAUGAGCUUUAUUCAAACAGUCUCUUGCCCAUGGAUGUACGGAAACACCUAGCUUUUUGGAUUGAGGACCAAAACUGGUACCAAGCGGUCAUGAGCCCUGAUAUGUCUCAUGCUUACUUGCUCUUCCAUCAUCUCCUGGACCAACUGCGCUCUCAAUCCAGUGGCUAUAGUCAGGAUUCUGACCUGCUGCUACAGCAUAACUUAAGAAAGUUCUGCCGGGAUAUUCAGGCUUUGUACCAGGAUAAUCCCACCCAACUGGCUGGGCUAAUUUAUAAUCUGCUGCUAGAGGAAAAAAAUAUCCUGAACCAGGCUCAGAGGACCCAGCAGAACCAUGUAGAUGCAGGUCCUGAGGUACCCAUGGAGACGAGCCAGCAACAGGAGAUUGAGUCUCGGAUCCAGGAAUUGAAGGAUAUGAUGCAGAAACUGGUUAAGGAUGUUUACCACCUGAGUGACCUACAGGAUGUCUUCUGUUUUCGGUACAAGACACAGAACUCCUCAGGAAGGACUUCUGCCAUGAACUCUACCCAGGCCAAACAGCAACAACUCCUGCAGGAAACACUCAAUGAGCUGGACAGAAAAAGGAAGGAGGCGUUGGAUACCUCUCGAACGCUGCUGGGUCACUGCGGCACACUGAUUAAGCUGCUACUGCAGGAGCUAGAGGAGUGGAAAGAGCAGCAGCGCAAAGCCUGCAUCGGGGCCCCAUUGUACCAAGCCUUGGAUCAGUUAGAGAGCUGGUUCACAGCUGGGGCAAAGAUACUGUUCCAGCUAAAGCAACAGUUGAAGGAAUUUGAGGAUUUGAGCAACCUAAUAAGCUAUGAGAAUGAUCCCUUCAAAACCAAGCUGCCUUUAGAGGGGGUCACAGAAUUGCUACAACAUCUGCUCCACAGUGCCUUUAUAGUGGAAUCGCAGCCUCAGAUGCUUCUGCCUAUCAAACGACCUCUUGUCCUCAAGACUGGGAACAAGUUUUCUGUCCAGACACGGCUCUUGGUGAGGCUGCAGGAUGCCAACGAGCCCCUGACUGUGCACGUCUCCAUCGACCAGAAUACUCCCCAAAUAAAAGGCUUCCGAAUGUUCAACCUCCUGACCUCAGAAAAGAAAACUUUGACACCGGAGAAGGGAAAGAGCCAAGGCUUGAUCUGGGAUUUCCGCUGCCUGACACUGAAGGAGCAGAAGGCAUGUGGCUCUGGGAAGGGCUGCAGCGAGGGGCUGCUCAUCGUGACUGAGGAACUUCACAUCAUUAACUUCACUGUCAAAUACUCCUAUCAGGGGCUGGAGCUAGAGUUGAAGACCAACAGUCUUCCAGUGGUGAUCAUCUCCAACAUGAACCAGCUUCCCAUGGCUUGGGCCUCCAUACUCUGGUUUAAUCUGCUCAGCUCUGAUCCCCAGAACCAGCAGUUCUUUUCCAGUCCCCCCAAGGCCCCGUGGAGGGUGUUGGGCCCAGCCCUCAGUUGGCAGUUCUCUUCCUGUACAGGCCGAGGCCUUGACCAAGAGCAGCUUAACAUGUUGAAGAAAAAGCUGUUUGGGCAAGAGCAUAAGAAAGAGACCCAGUUGUCCUUGUCCUGGGCCGCCUUCUCCAAGCAAGACAGCCCUCCUGGGAAGCUGCCUUUCUGGAUGUGGUUGGACAAGAUCCUGGACCUGGUGCACAGCCACCUGAAGGACAUCUGGAAAGAUGGGCACAUUAAGGGCUUUGUGACCCGCGCCCAGGCACUGCGGUUGUUGAAGAAGAAGCUGCCAGGUACCUUUUUGCUGCGAUUCAGUGAGACCUCACUAGAGGGGGGCAUCACCUGUUCAUGGGUAGAACAUCAGGAUGAUGACAAGGUGACCCUCCAGUCAGUAGAGCCAUAUACUAAAGAGAUUCUGCAGCUAGUCCCGAUUACAGAGAUCAUCCGGAACUACCAGUUACUGGCAGAUGAGAACGUACCUGAAAACCCGCUGUGCUUCCUUUACCCUGGUAUACCUAGAGAUGAAGCUUUCGGACCCUAUUACCGAGAGAAAGUCGACCUUACGAAACACAGAAAAUACUUAAGACGGGAACUCAUUGUUGUGUCCAACAGGCAGGUUGAGGAGAUGCAAUCACCAGUUCAGUCUCAGCAGCCGGAAGUGCUGGACUUGAAUCUGGAGCCACCUCUAGAGUGGGAGCAGGAGCCUGAGCUUCCCUUGGACCUGCAGAGCCUAGGGGAGGACCUGCUAACUCUGAAUGUGAAUGAUAUCGAAGCUCUGAAAAACGACGGGCUGACCCAGGAUGAUAUCCUGCUGAGAGAUGACCCCGUGUUACCCAUCCUGUCCUCUGGAGAUGAAGCCCCCUCCUCUGUGAGCCACUUCUUCAUGGAUGGCACCUCGACUUUUGAUUUCCCUAGUUACUAGGAAUUCAGUUUCUCCCUCUUUUCCUUCUCCCCCCAUCAUGAUAUCGCUCUUUGGUGGAGAUCAAGAGCCUGCUGGCAUUUGUUUGUUUGGGGGGGCGGGAGGUGGAAUUAGGAAAAGGAAGAAACAGACCUUCACAGCUUCCUGUUCCCCCGUGCCCCAUGUCAGGUUGUCUCCUUUCUCCCCUUGUACUUUGUGAAGUCCUGCGUACCCAGUAUUUCUUUGUGAGGUAAAGCAGUGCCUGCCUCAUUUUACUUGGCGAGGCUCUCUCCUAGAGUGAGGGGAGAGUGGAGAGACCCAGUGCUAACUUGGUGUUCUCUCAUCAUUUGAAGUUUACAAAGCACUUUUCUCGUUGCCAGAAUCCACCCUGGGAAGAAAUACAAACAGGGACUGAGGGGGCAGCUAGGUGGCACAGUGGAUAGAGCACUGGUUCUGGAUUCAGGAAGACCUGAGUUCAAAUCUAGCCUCAGACACUUGACACUUGCUAGCUGUGUGACCCUGGGCAAGUCACUUAACCCCAAUUGCCUCACUAAAAAAAAAAAGAAAGAAACAAAGAAAAGAAACAAACAGGUACUGACUUAUCCAGGGUCAUGCAGCUAUGCGACCCCAACCCCAAACCUCCUGCCUCUGUUCUGUGCUCUUCCUGUGCUGUUUUCCUGUCCUUCCUUUCCCCUUGUUAUCCCUGGCAAAGUCUCACAUGUGCACUUUGAUAGUUGAAACUACUUCCAGAUGGGCAGCUGGCUGCUUCUGUCCCCUGCGGCCCAGAGCUUCAAUAACAAAUAGUGUUGGGGCCAAGCAGCUCCUGGCAUUACAAUGGUCACCCAGUAUAACUGGACAGGAGUAAAAGUCAAUAUAAUAAACUAUGUUCUCUAACAA